GUGGGCCGGUCCGUGCCGCUGCCCCUCGCUCAGCCAAUAGGAGGCGAGUCCCAGGUCCCGGCCCCGCCCCUUCAGGCCCCGCCCCCGCGGUGCCCCUGAGGGAGGAGCGGCGGUUCCUGAGGUAGCGGUGGCGGCAGCGACAUCGCGGCCAUGGAAGGUGGCGGUGCUGAGGGCUUCCUGCCUCCUUUCCCUCAUUUCGCCACGCAAGCCAUCCACGCCGGGCAAGAACCCGAACAAUGGCGGUCGGCUGCCAUGGUGCCGCCCAUCUCUCUUUCCACCACCUUCAAGCAGCAGGGCCCCGGGCAGCACACGGGUUAUGAAUACAGCCGGAGUGGAAACCCUACCCGGAAUUGCCUGGAGAAGGCUGUGGCAGUGCUGGAUGGAGCUAAGUACUGUUUAUCUUAUGCUUCUGGCUUAGCUGCUACUGUGAAUAUUACUCACCUGCUAAAGGCAGGGGAUGCAAUUAUCUGCAUGGAUGAUGUCUAUGGAGGCACAAACAGAUACUUCAGGCAAGUAGCUAUGAAAAUGGGUUUGGAUGUAGUUUUUGUUGACUGCACAAAAAUGGAAUGCCUGGAAGCUGCAAUUACACCAAAAACCAAGCUCGUUUGGGUUGAAACACCCACAAACCCCACACUGAAGGUCAUUGACAUCAAGGCCUGUGCAGAUGUAGUACACAAGCAUAAAGAUGUUCUUCUCGUGGUAGACAACACUUUCAUGUCUGCAUAUUUCCAGCGUCCACUGUCUCUGGGGGCUGAUAUUUGUAUGUACUCUGCCACCAAAUACAUGAACGGGCAUAGUGAUGUUGUGAUGGGACUGGUUUCAGUAAACUGUGAGGAACUCUACCAGAGGCUCAAAUUCUUACAAAACUCUCUUGGAGCUGUUCCCUCUCCCUUUGACUGUUACAUGUGUAACCGGGGGCUGAAGACGCUGCAGAUCCGGAUGAAACAGCACUUCCACAACGCCCUGGCUGCUGCUCGGUUCCUGGAGUCUGAUUCCCGGGUGGAGAAAGUCAUUUUCCCAGGCUUGCCUUCCCACCCCCAGCAUGAGCUGUUCAAGAGGCAGUGCACAGGCUGCCCCGGGAUGGUGACUUUCUACAUUAAAGGAGGACUGGAACACGCUGCCACAUUUCUCAAGAGUUUAAAGGUUUUUACACUGGCUGAGAGUCUGGGAGGCUAUGAGAGCCUAGCAGAGCAUCCGGCCAUCAUGACUCACGCCUCGGUGCCUAAAGAGGACAGAGAAGCUCUGGGCAUCACUGACACCUUGAUUCGCCUCUCGGUUGGUCUGGAGGAUGAAGAAGAUUUGGUGGGAGACCUGGAUCAAGCUCUGACAGCUGCGUUUGCAGGCUAGUGUGAUGCUGAGCACUGGAACUGGAAACUGAAGGUUGAAAUGGCUGAAGAAGAUGACAAGGAAAGUGGAAUUGCUCAUGAUUUGCCUUUGGGAAUCGCAACCCCUUCAAUCCAACACUGGCUCCCUGGGGAGCUCUCUGCCUGCUGUUACAUUUCUGCUGCAGUCUGGCUGUGCCUGGACUGUGCAGGGUGGCAGGCAGCCUGUGUCCCCCCAUGGGGCUGCUGUGUUUCCUCUGGAUUUGGAAUUUCUGUUGUCAGUAAGUUGUGCUGGAGAGCAGCCCUGAUGCACACUCAGGAAUAUUAUCCCAGUUCUCCCAGAGAUCAGUUUCUCACUUGUCACCAGGGUGUUAGGUCACCAGGGCUGGGUUCUGUUACUGCUCUGCAGGAGGCACACUUGAUUCUUCUCAACUCUUCCAAUUCACCAGUCCAACUUAAAAUGGAUUUGCCUUCGAUUAUUAUUUUUUUAAUUAGGCUGUCAGUGUGGCUUAACACUUUUUCACCUGCUGAUAUCUUGUGGAGUGUUGAAAAUGAAGCAAAAGCCAAUACCUUCUUAGCAACGGCAACUUUCUAAAUAGGGUUCUUUCACUUAAAAAAAUCGUGUCAUGUUAAUUGUGGUAACAAUUUGAUUUACAUCUUGAUUUGGAAUAAUUUUAAUUAAAACAUGCUUUGAAUUUCCCUGA